UGCACGAUCCGCGCUGGGAGCGGGACACACACGCCUGUUCUUUGGGCCAGCUGGAUUCUGUCGGGAAACUCUUAGUGAUAGUGAUGCCAAAAGGGUCUUGUAGCCAAAACUGUUUGCACAAUGUAGAAGUAUAUCUUUUAAAAAUAUAGUCGCAGUAAGAGAAAGCGAGAUUUCCUUUGACUGAAGCCUCCUUUAAGCGCGCGCGGAGACAGUCGCCCUUGCAAAAAUGAAUCUUAUUGGAAGUUACCAGCAUUAUCGUCUGAUGCGCGAAGCUUUCCCAUUAGUGCCACGGUGUCAUCAAGAUAAGCCUUAUUUUCAGAGCUGGCUUGUAAAUCAUUCAGAAAUCCCAGCGGAAUUCCAGUUACAAACUUCUUACUCUGCUGAAGUCGGAUCUCCCGGUCCGGUCCGUGCCAGUCCCGCCGAGUUGUUCUCGUCAAGGAUGGGGAAGCGAAGAGCUCCGGGCCCGAAGAAGGAGCGGCGAAGGACCGAGAGCAUCAACACGGCCUUCGCGGAGCUGCGCGGGUGCAUCCCUAACGUCCCCGCGGACACCAAGCUGUCAAAGAUCAAAACGCUACGGCUGGCCACGAGCUAUAUCGCGUACCUCACAGACGUGCUGGCGCAAGACUCCGCGGGAGCGGAAGAAUUCAGCGCUGAAUUUAAGACAUUUGACAGUAGAAAUCUGAAGAGGAAACGGGAAAUGAACGAAGGCCAGCAGGAGUCUUUAGGACACGAGAGGAAGAGGAGCGGGAGGUCGGGAUGGCCGCAGCACGUCUGGGCUCUGGAACUCAGCCCGGGGUGAGCCGGGGCGAGCAGGAGCGAGCAGGAGCGCAAUGUUGGAUCAGACGUGGACUCAGAUGAAGAUGUGUGUAUGAACAACUUGUUUUGACUUUUGGAUCAUAUUCUCUCAGAUAUUUAAUUGGAUAAAAGGUAAAUGUGAGCACUGUUGGAAUGUUUUCCCUGAUCAGCGAUCAUAUAUUAAUUUUGAAAAUCUACCUCAAGGAGUCCGCCAGGACCAGU